AUGGGCGCUUACGAAAACGAGUAUGAGAUCGAAUCGGAUUACGAAAAGAACUCAUUUGCUAAUAUCAUGAGUUUCCAAUCGAAAAAACCACCAGUGAUGCCGUCUACGAGAGUCCCGUGUAAGUGUAGGCUCACCGAGACGUCAUGGGCCAAAAAUCGAAGGAAACACAAAGCUUUCAUCAUGAUCUUUUCCACACUUUUCAUCGUUGUCGACGCCGUGUUUUGGUCACUGAUUCAUUUGACCAGCAACGAGAGCCCACUGAAAGAGCUGUUCUCGAAGGGUCUCUUCGAUGCACUUCACGCAAUUUUCGGAACCGCCAUUUUCUUGACUUACAUCGUUUUCUGUUUAAUCGGACUUUACGGGAUUUUGUUCAAAAGGAAAGCGUUCUUGCUAACAUUCAUCAUUUAUUUGUUCAUAGUCGUGUUGACAUGUCUGCCACACAUCAUCUAUCACAUCACCGUCAAAAGCGAUACGAAGCUAUUAAUGUCGAGCUUUAAUUUGGAAUUCAAUGCAACGAAUCUCUUGGAAAACUCCUUUGCACUUCGGGUGUUCAACUACUUCCAUCCACAAAUCUUGCCGAUGCUCGACCAAGAUUGUCCUUCAAUGUCAACAGAGUUAAGCGUCAGAAAUCUGCGACUAGGGCUUUUCUAUUUCUCGAUCGGUCUCAGCUAUCCGGCUCCCUAUGCCCUUUGUCUGAUCGGUAUGUGGAAAGGCGGAUUGAUGAAGAUACUCUGUUAUCGAAUAUUAUUUCUCAUGGGCAUCGUCGAUAUUCUCUCCGCAUUUCCAAACUCGUUGGUGCCUGGGUAUUUGCUGAUUACGGGCGAUUCGGUGUGUACGAGUCCGAUUGUGAACCUCUAUGGAGGAGGGCUUUCAUUUUUUCUAUGGUCAAUUUAUUGCUGUCUGAGUAUCGUGUUAGCUGUCAACCGCUGCGUAGAUUCUUUGCUUCCACAGUGGCAACAGGCAUUUUUUGGUGGGUUUCGUUUAUGGCUUUGGGCGGGCAUCUCAUCGACGAUCGCCCUGCUCUCUUUGCUCUCCAAAAACGACUUCACUUUCAUUUGGAACAACGAAAUGGCCGCCUAUUUUCUCGACAUCGAUCCGAACAAAUCUGUCGAGAUUCCAUUUCUCCAUUUUAUGAGCAACGUCGUCGGCUCAUCGAUAAUCACAGUGCUCAACAUGGUGAUGCUCUUUUCGAUGUUUCGUACGGCUAUCAAGUCGGAAGUCGGCGUUUCGCAUGUGCAGAAAGUGAUUUUCAUCCAAUGUCUCCUCAUCUGCUCGUCGGUCAUGUUGAGCUCUUGGCUGUAUGCAUCUCUUCAAUUCUUCACCCUACCACCAAUUUUCGGCUUUCUCGCAAUGAUCGCUUGGCAGUUUGCGAAUGGCGGUCCAGUUCUAUUCUACUUGAUCGUGAAUCGAACGAUUCGGAACGAGGUGAAACAAAUCAUUAGCUGUCAUGGAAAUCAGCGAAGAGUCUACGCGACAAACUCGAACACCGCGAAUGAGGUGGAUCUCCGAAAAAACAGUCCAAAU